UCAACAUGGCUGCUUCCUUGUGAAGUUGUGUUCAGCAUUUGUCAUUGCUUUCUUUAUACUUCGGAGUUGUUUUCGAUUAUCAUGAGUUCCACGAUAGAUGCAUUGCGAUCUUCAAGUAAAGGAAAGUUGAAAUAUGAUCCCCACUGGCACGAACAAGGAAGAGCGAAGCAAGUUCUUGAUGAAUGCGCUUCACCACCUACAUUAUCACUGAGGUCACGGAGAGAUGUACUGGACUGCUCUGAUGAUUCUAUGUCCGAAGCAGCCAGCGUGAUCAGUCAACAAAGCAGCGAUGUAAGUGGCCCACAUGUCAAGGUCACAAGCAUUGAACCAGUCAUAGACAGCAGUGACAGUAUGAGUUGCUCCUCAAUAGAAGACUCCCUUGUUCAUUCACCCACUAUCCUGAAUGGCUGUAUUGAGGUCUCUAUUAUGCAGUGUGAGAAGUAUUGGGAGAAAAAAGCUGAGUUUGCAGCUAAACUAGUAAGAGAGAAGCAAGAACUCUACUGGAAGACUCUAAAAGUACAAGCUGAACAGCAGCUAGCUGCGCUUGAGAGGAAAGCCGAGCUUGACGAAAGGAAAGCGGCGGAGCGGCUUCAGAUGCUUGAAAUGAGGACUCGAGAAGAGAGCAGAAAGAGACAGCUGAAAAGGAAAGAAGACGUAAAACACCAUGCAGUGAUGGUGGAAACUAAAAUGAAGGCAGUUGAAGCUAAAAGAGGCCAAGAGCUUGAAGAAGAGAAAAAAAAAACUGAAGAAGCCAAGAAGAUUCUAAGCCAUGUGUCCAAUCUUCAUCACCUUGUCAAUCUGUACACUGACAGGGCAACACAACUGCUGGCAAACUGUAAACACAAAGAAUUUAUAACAGAGAAUGUCAAAAAUCUGACAGAUCACAUCCGAGUGUUGAAAGAGGUGUCAGACCAUGUACUGUCUGAUGCACAGUCCAAAGAGAUGGCAAUCGCAGAGCUGGAAACAAUGGGUAAAGUCUAUACCAAAGCUAAGCAGGUAGUUGAACAGACAAACAAAAUUGUAGGAGAUGCUGAAAAAAGAGGAAAUGAAGAGAUGGAGAGAAAAAAAGCUGCUGAAGAGGCUGAAAAGCUAGCACAGUCAACACCUGCACCUCCACCACCACCACCACCACCACCACUACCACCACCAACAACCACAUCUGUACCUCCUACUUCAAAAACAGAUAGUACUACAGCUGCAACUGCUGUUAGCACUCCAGGUGAACUAGAAAGUAAUAUCACAGCGGAGGCAUUCAGAGAAUACAAAGCGUUACAGGAAAAAAGGCAAGCAAUACUUGAAUCCAUCAAAGAUCUGACGGAAACUAAAGACUCCCAGUUGAAGAAGUACAGAAUGGAUUUACAGAAAGCUGUCAACGUAACCAUCAAUACGAUAGCGAAUCAAUCUGGUAGUCACCUCAUAGAAAAAGUACAGCGAUUACAUUCCCUGCUGUCUGGAAGAUCGGUGCCGGUGCAGGCAACUGGGAGACAAAGACAAGGCGGUGAACAGGUGUCUUCCAGUCACGACUCAGCUUUUCCUAUAGCGGCCGUAGCAGUUGGUGUCUGGGCAGAAUUCCCCGAUUUUGGGGACCUCUUGUUGGCGCACUUCCAUUUAGCGUGUCCAUAUUUGGUGCCGUAUUAUAUACCGAAAAAAGAUGGUCAGUCAGAAGAAGAUUAUUACAAGUAUGUACGAUAUUCAUUUUGUAGUUCUAUACUGUGA